CCCAAAAUAUCAUUUGAUUGGUUUCAAGUGGACAAUUCAGAAUGACGCCACAGUAGGCGUCAGCUGAAGCGGCUCAGUCAAUUUUCUUUCUCCAAGUCCAUUGAACCAACCAUCACCACUCUCCGCUCACGCUCGCUCCGCCGAUAACUUGCUUCUCUCCGGCGAACUUCUCCGAUCUCUUCUCCGGCCACUCCAAGUUUUGUAGACGAUGAUUAUUACUAAGCAGUAUCGCUGCAUACACUCAGCAAGUUGUAAGUGUACAAAAGGGCAUCUUAACGAAGAAAUUAUAUUUCUGGUUUUUCAGCAAUUGAAUUGGAAUCCUAAGUCGAUUGCAAGUUUAUCUUGUGUAUGCAAAUGGUUUGAUGACCUUGCAAAGAGAGUGCUCUGGAAGGAGUUUUGUAAGACUAGAGCUCCCAAAAUGAUGCUUGAUUUACAGUCUAGUGGGAGUCAUAGUGUUGAUGGGAACUGGAGAGCUCUUGGAAAGCUUCUUAUUUACUGCUCUGGAUGUAAUAAAGGUGGCUUAUUCAAUAGCAUCCACAUUCCAGGACACUUUGUUUAUAGAACUAGGUUCUCUAGGACCUCCGGAAAGAGCUUUCUGUUACCACAAUGCAGGACAGAUGUUUUGUAUGUUUCUGAUCCUUGCGAGCAUCUUGACCAAGGAGAUGAGGGGGAUAUUGGAUUUUUUCGGGGAAUAUUUAAAUCCUUUGCUUCCUCAAAAGUUCGUAAAAUGUUGAUUAAGAGAGAGGCUCAGCUCCAUCCAACAGAAGUGUGCCCUUACUGUAAGGCGAAACUGUGGAGCAUGCUGCAAGCAAAAAUGAUACCAGCUAGUGCCAGCUGUAGAUUGGGUGCUUAUGAAGAUGCAAUUGAGUAUUAUGUGUGCCUUAACGGGCAUGUGCUUGGGAUAUGUACCCUCUUGCCCUUGUCUGAUUCUGAGGAAGCUUCAGAUCACAGUGAUGCAUAAAUGCAGAUAGGAAAAAGAUGAUAGAAGUCCUUGGAUUGUUCUACUGCAUCACUGUCUGCAAUUGAUAUAUUGCUUUAUCCACAGGUGUUAGACGGGUUUCCAUCGAUUUGGGAACUUGGUGGGUGCUGUUCACUGAGAGAUCUAGUCAUAGAGCCAUUCAGUGGAAGGUCUCUUUCAGUGGACAUGGAGUUGUUUCUCCGCAAGCUUGUCACUUCCCAAACUUCUCUGACCAGCGCAGUCCAAUGGAAUCCUAUUCCUGUCCAUUGUGUCUCAGUUGUAACAAAGCACCAUCAGAGUUUCUUUGUAUAUUUUAUGAUCUCAAAUGUGCAUCUUAUUUGAGUGACACGUUGGAAUCUGUAACAUUUCAUUGUUGUUUGUUGUGAAGCAGUUAAGUUACACCAUGUAAAUUUUGAAAAAUUAUAUGCGAUUCUGGUGCUGCCGAGUCUUGCCAUUCUUUCA